GUAGUACACACGAAUAUGAAACGCGACUGCCGUGCCAUGACGGCACCGCGUAUUCGAGGUUGGAUCGUGCGCAGUCGGCCGUCGUGGUUGGAUUUCUGUGACAAAAGUGAGACUCGUCGUUCGUGUUCCCGAGAGCCGAGUGUGAAGUUCGAGUUUUCCCAUUCUGUGUUUUCCACACGAUUUUCUCGUUGUAGAGAAAGUUUACGCGUAAAGUUGACUGAUUUCCUUGUUAAAGUUUCAUCGCAGCCAAUUCCUGGAAAAGUGUCGCGUAUGAACGAAAAUGGAUUUAUAGGAGCUGAGCGAGCGGAGCCCGAGAAUCCAAGCCAAAGAUAUCUGACAUCCAUCAAGCAAUACAUACAACGCUCGUUGAACAUCAUCUGUACAUUCAUUUGUCCUACUCCGUUAACCAGUUAUUUAAAUCAAUCGAAAAUGUUGACACAGGAAUUGCCUCGUCUGGAAAUUUUUCGCGAUGUCACCGACAAUAAAACGGCGGACACUUCGCCACCAAUUUCAUACAAGAGCUUAGAAAUGCCUUUAUCGUCAACUUUAUUAAAUGCUGAAACGGAACGUAUCAAGACAUUCGAAGGACGAUGGCCUCUAUCAUGGAUGGAUAUGAAUCUACUGGCGCAAACUGGAAUGUACUACACGGGCACAGAUGAUACAGUUAAAUGUAAUUUUUGUGGUGUCGAAAUCGGCCGCUGGGAGGAGACGGAUCAUCCGGUCACUGAACAUAUGCGGUGGUCGCCGAACUGUCCGUUGAUGCGAAGACGACCUACAGCAAACAUUCCAUUAGAUGAAGUUGUACUAGAUAGGAUCCUCCCACCUGCCACAUAUGAUGUUUGCGGUGGAACUGAAGUUUUAGAUAUCAGACCCCAAGCUUACCCCGAAGAUUCAAUCAUGCAACCGAUCCGAUUCCCAGAUCAUCCUGAAUAUGCUAUUGAGACUGCACGCCUCCGAUCGUUUGCAGAGUGGCCCAGGACAAUGAAACAAAAACCAGAACAAUUGGCGGACGCUGGCUUCUUCUACACGGGCAUUGGCGAUCGAGUGAAAUGUUUUAGCUGUGGCGGUGGACUAAAGGAUUGGGAUGAAUCCGAUGAUCCAUGGGAGCAACAUGCUUUGUGGCUGGGCAAUUGUCAUUUCUUGAAAUUGAAUAAAACUCAAAAGUAUAUCGAUUCCGUUAUUGCCAAAUUCAAAUCGAGUAAGGAAAGCGAAACGAAAAACGAAGGUAGCAAUACAUCGAAUACGAGUGGUGUGUCGAGCGAUGAGGAACAUUCGUCGCAAGAAUUAGAAGCAGCUAAGGAUGAUGAAUUGAAUUCCAUCGAAUCAGAACGAAAAGGAGGAAGUUUCGAAUUGCACGACAAAUGCCGUCAUAGCCAUAAGAAAAAGGCAAUUCCAGAUGAGAAAGUUUGUAAGAUAUGCUACGUGAACGAAUACAACACUGCAUUUUUGCCAUGCGGUCAUGUAGUUGCUUGUGUAAAGUGUGCAUCCUCCGUUACAAAGUGUCCAAUGUGUCGGCAACCUUUUUCGAACGUUAUGCGAGUGUAUUUUUCUUAAUUCAAAAAUGGAAGUUGAAAUAUCGGCAGCGAAAUAUCUAUGUAAAGCCGGAAUAUUAUCUGCAGCAACAUUUAAAAUUUGUGCGAACAUUUAAAUUCCAACAAACUAUAAAGUUUCAAAAAACCUUGUCGUUGCUUUCAGUGUUUUGUAUUAUAAUUAUUAUAAACAUCGCAUUAAGCAUUCGUAAUAAGAACAAUAGAUUUUUAUUAAUAAAACUCUGCACUAGGAUAUAGCGCCCGUACUUGGUAUUAGAAAGAAUUGACAAUCUUAAUUCCAUCUACUAAUGUCGAAAGCCUUCUGGGUUAUAUAUAAUAUAUUAUUUCACAGAGGACGGUUAUAUAGAAAUUGGAUAUCGGGUACGGGCGCGGAAAAGUUUGUAGAAAUUAACGAUAGGCAGUAUUUAUUACACAAAUAUGAAUUGAGAAAAAACUUUAAUAAACAAAAUUUCAUGAAAA